CUGUGGCCGCCCUCACAGACAGAUUUUAUGAUCUUUGUCCGGCCAAUAGGAUUCAUGCUGCGUUUUCCCAGGGGAGUGGUGCCGAGAUUUCAGCGUGUUCAGGCAAGACACACUCUCUCAGUUUUGCAUUUCUUCAUCCUAAUUUUGUAAGGAAAACUGUAAUCGCUGCAUGUGCUUUUCACUUUGAAAUGUUCAGUCUUCUCAGUAUCUGCACUAUGGAUCAUUAAUAAAAACGUGACGGGGGACGAGGCUUCAGGAUUCAGGUGUGGAAGAUUAGUGACAAACACAUGGAGCAGCCUCAAGAUGAAAGAAAAGCGGUGCAGAAAAGAACCUUCACCAGGUGGAUGAAUGUGUUUCUCCAGAGACAUGACCCUCCAGCUGAAGUACACAACCUGUUCACAGACCUUCAGGACGGCAGAAUACUGAUGGUCCUGCUGGAGGAGCUGUCUGGCUGCAAGCUACUUUAUAGGUUCAGGUCAUCUUCUCACCGCAUUUUCAGACUGAAUAACAUUUCCAAGGCCUUGGCGUUCCUGGAUGACAGACAUGUGAGGCUGCUUGGCAUCGAUGCCCCCGGUGUUGCUGAUGGCGUCCCUUCUGUUGUUCUCAAUCUUGUCUGGAACAUCAUCCUGUACUUCCAGGUAAAGGAAGGAACAGGAGGCCUACAGAGGCAUUUGUCUUCCAGCCUCUCGUCUUUAUCAAUGAGCAGUUACCCAUCCUGCAGUGACCUUUCACCCCCACCAAAUGACAUUGGCAGCUAUUCGUACAACACGCUGCCAAGCAAAGGCAGGGCUGCUGCCAAGGCGCCAAAGUACCAUGGGAGAGCAAUCAAAACCCUCCUGCAGUGGGUUCAAAGAUGCACAUCACAGUUUGGGGUCGAGGUGCGUGACUUCGGUAAGAGUUGGAGGAAUGGAUUGGCACUUCUAGCAAUGAUAAAGUCCAUCAAUCCAGGACUGAUUGACCUGAGAGAAAGCCUGUCCAGAGAGCCAAGAGAAAACAUCAAGCAGGCCUUCAUGAUCGCCCAUCAUAGUUUAGAUAUUCCACCUCUGCUGGACCCUGAAGAUGUGAUGUGUGAUUCACCAGAUGAGCAGUCCAUCAUUACCUAUGUCUCUAUGUUCCUGGGACAUUAUUCGAGCAUUGAUGAGGAUCAAGCUACGCUGUCUGACAUCAACAUUCCCAAGAUUCCAAAAGUCAGAUCACUCGAGACCCUUAUUGACAACCGAGAAGCCCAAGCUUCAUUCACAGGCUUUGAAAAGAGCAAUGAACAGCUGCUGUGGAAACAGUGGGCCAGAAGGUCUUCAGGAGGCUUAAGUUCUACCUCUGUUCACCAGAAUGGAGCAUUAACCUCUGAUGUCACACGUGAACAACCUGCGGGUGGUGCUGUCGUUUCACAAUACACCAAAAAGAAAAGCAAGUCUCGAAGUGUCUUGCAGCCACCCAGUCCUCUGGAUGCAGGCGGUGUCAGCCAGGAGAUCCGUUCAUGGAUGGAGAAGGCCUCUGAUCAGGGAUACAGCAAACCGAGAGCAGACGAGAUUCACUUCUCCUUGAGCUCCGAGGAGGGAAUCUACACCGUAUCAGCGCUGGACUCAGAUGAAGAGGAUGCUUACAGCUAUAUUCUGGAUCUGAACAAAGAGGUAUUUCAACAGUAUAAUCAGAAGAAAAGACAAGUACCAAAAGUGGAUGAAGAAACAGCUGAAGAAGUUAUCCUGAAUGGAAAAAUAGAAGAAGAAGCAAAACAUGUGGUUGGCAAAACAUCUGAAAGCUCCCAAGCACAAGAUGAUGAAUCCAAAGUCCACAGGAAGGGUGAUUUAGACAGUUUUAAAAGCACAUGUGGAAAGAUGGUAAACAAUGGAGCUGCGUUUGACAUGGAGGCAGGGGAUGGAAAUGAAACAAAAGGAGAUUGUGAAGAGGCCAGAGUCAUUAAAGGACAAGCUAGAAGCAAAGCCAAGGAAGGGGGUAAAACGGACAAUGUGGAAAAUGUAACACUGGUAGAAAAUGAAUAUUAUAAAAGAGAACUAUUGCAGGGUGAAGUGCACAAAGAGAAGCUAUUUGAGGCAGUGGAGGAAGUAAAUUUGUCGAUCACUGAGAGAGACCUACAUAAAAAGAUCAGCAAAGGAAGCGAUAAUGACCAAAAUGUAGUGGAAGAAAAUGAUGAAAAUCAGCAAAAUUGUAAGAAUCAGACAUAUUUCAAAGCACUAAAUGAGCACAUAUUAACAGAAGAACCAGCGUACAGAGUCAGAGAGCCUGGCCAAGCUACAAAUAACACAAAACGAGAAGAAAACAUCACGAGAAACAGCGCUGAUGAAAUAGGAGAUAUGAUCAAAAAGGACAAAAAUAAGCUGAAAACCACUGAUAAAUUCAUGAAAUCGACAGCAGGACUGAAAGACAGGGGAUUAGAGAGUAUGGAACAUCAAAAUCUGACAGAAAGGAAUGAAAGAAACCUGGAUGGGGGAGUUAACGUGCAUGAUGGUGAUAAUAAACAGACUCCUUCCUGCAGUGCCACAUCACAGUCAUAUAGCAGUGAGGGAGGAGUCCUUCAAUCUUUCACAUCCUCUUGUGACGUAACCCCCGUAGAGCUGGAAACGCUCCUGUUCCUGUGGAUCCUCCUCUACUGCUGCUUCAUCUUACCUCAAAUGAACCCCUGAGUCCACCCCACAGUGCACGCUUUUUUAUUAAGAUAUGCUUAUGAGCUCAAUUCCCACUAAUAAGGCAAACAGGGACACCCAGGACUGGGUCGACUCUUUAUCUAUGUCACUAAAUUUCCCUCAAGACAACAUUUAAUGAUUAUGUUUGCUUCUUACUGCCGGCGGAAAUAAUUUGGGUUAUGGUUUCAGAUAAACACAUAAUGCUGUUAUUAGCAUUUUGACACAUAUUCAACGUGUUCUAGCACUACAAAAAUCAUUAGACAUGUUUUGUUGCAACAUGGUGUGUAUAUUUUUAAUGUAUUUUUAUGUAAAAAAAACAAAACAAAGAAAAGAUCAAACUUUCAUGGCAGUAUUUAAUCACAUGGUGGCAGUGCAACCUUACAGCAGCAAGUGGCUCACAUGCAUUGCGUUGACUGCUGAGUUUACCACAUGACCUGCUGAUUAAUUAAAAACAUGGUGAGAUUUAGCUGAUAUUAUUUAAUGAGUACAUUGGCAUUUCAUAGAAUCUCAUUGUGUCACUUAAGAAUAUCUGCUUUUUUCCCCCCUUUAAAUAAUGUAUGGUAAUUCAGUCUUAUCAAGA